AUGUGGAGAGCCGGCUCUAGUUGUCUCCCCACACUUGCACAGCUUGCUUCAAAGUUUGUCCCCGUCAAUACUCGUUGUCCGUUAUGUGAUGAGCUUGAUGAGACCAUUUCUCAUGUCUUGCUCACUUGCCGAGCCAUUAAGCAAGGCGCACGAAAUGAUGUAGUUUGGCAAGGAAAAUCGAUUAAUGUUUCAGCGAUAGUAGUGUCUGCAAAAAGCUAUCUUGAUCAAUGGCAAAAUGCUCAAAAAACUCAAAUUGAGACAUCUUGGACUACUCUUCAGUCCUAUGAUGGGGUCGAGCAUUGGAUUAAACCUGAAGUUAACAGUAUCAAGAUCAAUGUGGAUGCGUCUAUCUUUGAAGGACAAAAUCGGUUUGGAGGUGCUUUUGUUGUUCGAGACCAUAAUGGAUUGCUUGUUGAGGGGCGUACCAAACUCUACAUAGGGAAUAUGGUACCGGCUGUGGUGGAAGCUUUGAGCUUUCAGGAAGCUCUAAGUUGGAUUAAAGACCAUUCGACUAGUCCGGUUUGGGUGGAGACUGAUUGUCUCUUGGUUGUUCAGGCUCUAAGAAGCUCCAUAAGCUUAGCUUCUUAUUUUGGUUGUGUGAUUCAAGAAUGUAAAGCCUUGUUGGCUUCUCUAAGAAAUGUUGGUUUUUGUUUUGUUAAGCGGUCAGCUAAUAAAGUCGCUCAUGAGUUUGCAAGAGCGUCUCUAUUGUACCCUGAUUGUAUUUUCAGUAUGGAAAAUAUUCCAACUGAUUUGUUGCCAAUGUUGGUGACAGAAUUUGAAGGUUAA